AUGAAUGGGGAGAAUGAGGCUCAGGAAAUGGAUGAGUCAGAAAUUGAUGGAUUUGUCAUGGAAGAGGAAGGAGGGAUUCAUAUUGGAGACAUUUACAUUCCUCCACCCCCUCCUCCUGCACUCACCAUGGAAAAUACAGGACCUCGACUUGUUAUCUCGCAGAUUGCCAUUGAAGACUUCAAAAGUUAUGCUGGUGUUCAGAUCUUGGGACCAUUUAACAAGAGCUUUUCAUCCAUCAUUGGACCAAAUGGCAGUGGGAAGAGCAAUGUGAUUGAUUCCAUGCUAUUUGUAUUUGGCUAUCGAGCCCAGAAGAUUCGUUCCAAGAAGAUUAGUGUCCUCAUUCAUAAUUCAAAGGAGCAUCCCAACAUUGACAAAUGCAGAGUUUCUGUGCAUUUCAAGAAAAUCAUUGACAAGCCUGAUGGAGGACAAGAAGAGGUCCCCGGUUCAGAGAUAGUCAUUUCUCGGACAGCAAUGAAGGACAACUCCUCAUUUUACACAAUUGGUGAUAAACGGGUUCCAAGACAGGAAGUUGCAAAACUCCUUCGCAGUCAUGGUGUUGAUCUGGAUCACAAUCGCUUUCUCAUCCUGCAAGAACCAUUGAAGCUGAUGGAGGAGCAGGUGGAAGCCAUGAAUGAACAACGAACAACGCAUUUAAAUCGUGUGAAAGCAAUUGAGAAAGAGAAGGAUCAGCUAGAGGGACCAAAGAAUGCAGCCAUUAAGUACCUGAAGACUGAGAAUGAACUCACACAAUGUCACAGUCUCAUUUACCAAUGUCAACUGCAUGACAAGGGGAAAGCAUUGGAAGCAGCAAAGGAGGAGCAAAAGCAAGUGGAAGAGCGCUUUGCUAGUCUGAGAGAGAGACUGGAUGCCAUUUCACAAAAGAAGAAUGAAAAGGAAACCACUAUGAAAACCAUCCAUGAGAAUUUAGAAGCAGCAACAAAAGAGAUGGAGAGCCUGAAGGAACAGUUCAAGACCCUUGAACAGGAGGAUGCUAAGAUCAAUGAUGAAAAGAAACGAAAAAAUCAAUUGCGAAAGAAGCUCCAGGAGAACCUGCAGGCAGAGCAGACUAAAGCAGAACAGCUGAAGGAUGUCCCAGAGAAGAAUCGAGAAAAAAUUCAGGAAUUGGAAAAAGCAUCAGAAAUGGCUGAAAAAGAAAAGGUGGAAGCAGAGGAAACUUUGAAUCAAGCCAUGAGCAGCCUCAGAGAUGAAACUAAACCAUUGCAAGAGAAGAAGGCUGUCCUUGAAACUCAACUCAUUGAUCUCAAAAAGGAUGUUAAUGAAACAAAGGCAGCUAGGGACAUGGCCCAGUCAGACUUGGAUGUUUAUCAACGCACAGAGAGGACAGAAAAGACACGCCUGGAGCAGUUGCAGGAUCAGCGGAAAACUGCAACUCAGCAGCUCCAGCAAAAGGCUAUGGAGUUGAAGGAAUUGGAGAAAACAAUCCCCCGGAUGGAAAAGGAAUUGUCUGGAGGGAAAAAGGAACUGGCUGAGUUGGCUGAGAAGGAGGGAGGGUUACAUGAACAGCAUCAGGGAUUGUGUCUUCAGCUGGAGGAAUCUCGGUCUGCAAUGCAUGCUUCCCGCAACACCAACCGUGUACUAGAUGCCCUUAUGCAGCAGAAGCGGUCUGGGAACAUUCAUGGCAUCAUUGGACGAAUGGGUGACCUGGGAGCAAUAGAUGAGCGCUGGGAUGUGGCCAUCUCAACUGCUUGCCCACAGCUUGAGAACAUUCUUGUUGAGACUGUGGAUACUGCUGAGGAGUGCAUAAAUUUUCUCAAGACCCAUGACAUUGGUCGUGCCACAUUCAUUGCCCUUGACCAAAUGCAAGAAUAUAACCGACAAGCCAACUCCACCAUCAAGACGCCAGAAAAUGUCCCUCGACUAUUUGACCUUGUGAAAAUCCAAGAUGACCUGUACCGACCAGCAUUCUACUUCAUCUUGAGGGACACACUUGUGGCUGAGACCUUGGACCAGGCAACCCGAAUUGCUUAUGGGGCUCAACGUUGGAGGGUUGUCACAUUGCGGGGUGAUCUCAUAGAAGUCUCAGGCAUAAUGAGUGGAGGAGGGAAAAAAAUGAGUUCAGGGAGGAUGGGUUGCCGAUUGUCAUCGGGCAGUGCAGAAAUUACCCCCGAGCAACUGUCUGUCAUGGAAUCUCGCAUCAAGGACUUUGAAAGGGAACUGAGCCACAUCCAUGCCCGUAAGGAGGAACUGGAGCCUCUUAUCGUUCGCUUGACUAAAGAUCUCCGAGAUUCCACUGCAAAACAUAAGAAACUUCAACUUGAGGUUCCUGGGUUGGAGGAGCAGGUGCCACGACUAGAUUCCCAGAUACAGGAGCAAGAGGAGAAAGUUGCUAAGGUGGCCUCUGACCCGAGGGAAGUGAAGAAGCUGGAAGCUGAGAUCAAAAAGAAGGCCCAGGAUUAUGAGAAAGCAGUGGAGAAGAGCAGUGGGUUGGAGAAGGAGGUAAAGAGCCUUCAUGAGAGGAUCCUUGAAGUGAACAAGUCACGAACCAAGGAUGCUCAGCAGCACCUGGAUCGAGCCAAGAGUCAAAAAGCAAUGAUAGGUCUGGUGGAGCAGUUCAGAACCACUGGUUUAGUACAAAAUGCCAAUGAAGGUCAUUCGGAGGAAAGACAACUGAAUCUGAAGAAAAGUGAGAACAAAGUGGAGUCAAUGAAAGUGGAGGUUGAGGAGUUAGAAGUGACCUUGAAAGGACUUGUUGGUCGACAGAAGGAGAUAGAAGAACAUGCCUCACAAAACAUGCAGCGUUCUGAGCAACUCAAGGAGGAGAAAGAAGAGUUGGAAGAGGGAGGGGGGAAAGUGAAGAAGAAACUGGAUGCCUUGACUGAAGAGGAAAAUCAACUGAGGAAGGAAAAGAUCUCAUUUGAUGAAGCCAUGGAAAAAGUUUUAGAAACUGUGAAGGACAUUAAGACUACUGUGAACCAAAUCAAGAGCAAGCUUGGGAAGCUCCAGUUGGAAGAAGUGGAAGGGGAAGAGACAGAGCCUUUGAAAACUCUCACUGAGCAGGAAUUAGAAGAUUUGGAUCGAGAGGCCUUGAAGAGCAAGAUCACAUCUCUAGAAGGUGAACUCAAGGAUCAGAAGCCCAAUCUCAAAGUCAUAAAGGAAUAUCGAGACAAGUUGGAUCAGUACCUGGCAAAGGUGGAUGAACUGCAUCAGUUAACACAACGAAGAGACCACCUAAAGAGCCGGCUGAGUGAUCUCAAGAUCAAUCGUCUCAAUGAAUUUAUGACUGGUUUUGGGAUCAUCUCCAUGAAGUUGAAGGAGAUCUACCAAAUGAUUACCCAAGGAGGGGAUGCAGAGCUUGAGCUUGUCAACAGCCUUGAUCCAUUUGAGGAGGGAAUCUCCUUCAGUGUGCGACCGCCAAAGAAGUCCUGGAAGAAUAUCUCAAACCUGUCUGGAGGGGAGAAGACUCUCUCAUCCUUAGCUUUGGUGUUUGCAUUGCACUAUUACCGACCCACCCCGAUAUAUGUCAUGGAUGAGAUUGAUGCUGCACUUGACUUUCGCAAUGUUGCCAUCAUUGGAGAAUAUGUUCAGAGUCGAACCAAAAAUGCCCAGUUCAUCAUCAUUUCCCUGCGGACACAGAUGUUUGAGCUGGCCAGCACCUUGGUCGGAAUCUACAAGACGAACAAUGCAACACAUAGCGUGGUUGUGAACCCAAAGGAGAUCACCAGGAUGGCUGAGGUUCUUAGCAAUCCUGCUGGCCACAGUCCUGGCAGGAAACGGCGCCUUGAGGAAGAUGCCCGCUGAAAUGCCUUCUUCUCUCCCUGAUAGAUGAAGUCCUGAGAAUCUUGGAUGGCUGGCAAGUUAAAUUGACUGCCUUUUACCACCUCAUUCUUACCAAAUGGUAAGAAUGCAAAUUUCUCAAGGCAAAAAGGGAAGUCCAUGAAGUUGCCAUGUGGUGUGUUUUUAUUUUUGAAGGAUG